CGCUGUUCUUUACACAGCUUUCAGUUUACCAGAGAAACUGUUAAAACUUUCAACAUGCGUUUGACGUGGGUCGUUUUACUGAUUUUGGUUAUUUGUAUUGUGGUGGAUGACGCCCAGGGUCGUAGACGGAGACGGAAUCGGAGGAGAGGACGAGGAGUGUGGGAAGAAAGCAGAAGGGGACGAGGUAUUAGAGUACGGGGAAGACGAAGAGGAAGAGGGCGAGGAAACAAUUGGCCAAUUGAUGGUAAUUGGGGGCCGUGGUCUAACUAUGAUGAAUGUUCUGUAACAUGCGAUGGUGGUAUACAAAAGCGACACAGACUUUGCAAUAACCCCGCCCCGAAGAAUCGUGGACGCCGCUGCAAUGGUAGAAAGCGAGAAAAACGGUACUGUAAUCAAGUCCCUUGUCCAGUUGAUGGUAUGUGGGGAGGCUGGUCUCACUAUGGCGACUGUUCCGUUACUUGUGGCGGUGGUACGAUGUUCAAAAGCAGAUCAUGUGACCACCCUAAACCAGCUAAUGGUGGAGCUGAUUGCCUUGGCAACGAGACAGAGAUAAUGGACUGUAAUACUGACCAUUGUCCAGUUGAUGGUAAUUGGGGACCAUGGUCUAACUAUAGUGAAUGCUCUGUCACAUGUGGUUGGGGUAUACAGAAAAGAUAUAGAGAAUGUAAUGAUCCUGCCCCAGCUCAUGGUGGACAUGACUGUCGUGGUAGAAGAAAGGAAAAGCAGUACUGUUACACAGAAGAUUGUCUGGAACCUGUUCUGGAACUUUGCCUAGAUGACGAGUGUGGAAAUCAUGGAGUCUAUGUAGAUGGGAUAUGUAACUGCAACCCUGGAUUUGCCGGAUCCAUGUGUGAAAUUGACUUGUGUGGUGAUAACACCUGUGGUAAUCCAGAUGGAUGUUGUAGAGUACGUCCAGUUCCAGAGUCACCUGAUUGUGGUGAAACUUGUGUUGGAAGACAACAACUGAUCUGUAUCUACAGAAACUGUCACGCUUAUGUUUGUAACGAUAAACUAUCCACGUGUUAUGAACCUUGUGACAUCAACUGUGUUCUCAGCUGUUCUGAACCAGCAGAACUGUAAAUAGCAGAGACCCAGCAGUAUAUUCCAUUAUCUAUCUCCUACCUUAAAUAUAACUAUUAUUAAAUUACAUUAUCUAUGUUACAAAUAUUCUUCUGUCAACAAGUUCAAAUAUAAAUAAACAAAUACUGCUGGUA